AUGAAACGAAGAAAAGGUAAAGAAAGUUGGGAAGAGUUUGAAAGAAGAGUUGGAUUAAAGCGAAGUGGCGAAGAAGAUCGAAAUCGUGCGCCAGAAAAAAGAGCGCUUGGUAAAAUCCCAAACGAUAUAUUGGUACAGAGGAUGUCGACUACUCCCAGUGGAAGAUUGAAAAAAUACGAGCCAUUGGAUACUAGAGAUUUUGUUCCAUUUUCAGAUUAUGAAGAGCUGUCAAUAGAGAAUAUUAAAGAUGCUUGUGAACAAUUCUAUAGCGCACCGGCAGGAUCGUGUGAUAUUCUUGCCUCGGACAGAGGACCUUCGUGUACAAAAAUGGAACAAAUCAAGGGGAAAAAGGUGUACUUUAUCCGUUUUUUACCACCUGCCGAGCAUGAUAGGUCACAACAGUCUAGAGUUCAGGGGUCAAAUUCCGCGCCAAUUUCACCAUCAAAGAUUGGAGAAAUCGACGGCCACCAUCCUGAAACGCCAAGCCCCAAAUUGGCCAGAACAGUUUAUCCAAAAUCAGUAUCCAUUGGGGAUUUACUUCGGGCAGGAAAGUUGGUACGACCUCCACAGUUAACAACUCUCAGUUUGGAAAUGUUUGAUGUAGAAAAAUGCGAGUGGAUAAAAACUCCCUUGACUUUGUCUGUUGAAAUAGAGGAAACCAAGUUUGACAGUGGUGCCUUCAGAGAUGCAUUCCGAGCCAAAUGCACAGAUAAAUCAUCUAGCCUGGUAGGUGAGUGGGUAAUAAAGAAAUACAGAGAUGAAGCAAUUACCACCAUACAGGAACAACUACAAAUGACUGUGGAAGACCACACAAGAAAGCAGGUGCAAAUGCAUGCUGUUGCACGGAAUUUGACGGCACGUUUUUCUGCUAAAGUACCAGAGGAGUUUGGAGAAACUUUCCAGUAUGGCAAAGUGUUUUAUUCCCAUUGGAAUGAAUGUCCGGUUACUGUUGAAGAAUAUGUACCAGGUGUCUUCUCUAAGUACAUUAACAAUGAUGGAGACAUAAUUGAACCUGAUGAUAUAGAAUCUGAUGAGAUCUUCCAGAAAGCCCAGUGCCUAGUUCAUUUCACCUACAUGUAUUCUGUGAAGAGAUUGAUGGUCUUAGAUAUCCAAGGUUCAGGGUAUAAACUGUAUGACCCUGAAAUUGUGACUACUGACCUUAUGGCGACAAACGACACAUCACACGAG